AUGGAAGGUCAGCCGGGAAAGUCUGCACCUGCCAAAACAAUACCAUCCCAGUCUUCAUCUCUUCCAUCCAGGUCUCCUCCUCCAGCUCCUCGCCACCCUCCUCGUUCAUCUCCUCAACCAGCGCUUCCCAGUGCCGCUGAGCAGAAAAAGCGCAGGGAACAGAAGGGCAAGGAGGUGGCGGAUACGAGCAAGUCUCGUCCCACUCGAGAGGAGGAUGACCAACAAGUUGCAAAGCAGCAAAAAACUAAGCACCCAGUCACGCGGGGGCAAGAAAAAUCUGAUUCCCCACAUCCUGAGCCACAAGCAUGGUUGCCAGUACCUAUGCACGGUGGGGAGCCCCUGCGAGACGAUGCCUCUAUAAGGGACUUUAACGGCGGCAUUAGGUGUCACGUAGCCUCAGCCAUAGAGGAAACCUUAUUGCUCCCAAAAGAUAUGGCCGAGAUAAAGAACAUGAGGAAGAAUGAACUCAUCCUCGACAACAAACGAUAUUUGGGCAUGCUGGAUGGCAAAAGGAAGAGAAGGAUAAUGGCUGUACAAACCUUGUCCAAAUCUGAACAGGAUUUGGCCGACGCAAGGAAAAAACUACAGGUCGAAGAGGAAGCUCGCAAGAGCGCUGAAUCGGCAUCAGAAGGCUACCAGAAGCAGGCCGAGGAACAAGCAAGGCUUCUACGCGAGACGAAUGUCGAGCUGAAGAAGACUCAGGAGCAAGCUUUUGUUCUUAAGAAGCACCUAGAGGAAACUCAGAAGCUAAGGGAGCAAGCUGAAAAGCUCAAAGAGCAAGCCGAGAAAGCGAAAAUCAACGCCGAACAGGCAAUGAACGAAGCCGAGCAGAGAGGCUACGAAGUUGGUAUAGCUGAAAUUGAGAAGGCUUUAAGAGCCGAGGUUCCGAAGGUAUGCCGCAUCUACUACGCGAGAACUUGGAGCGAGGCUCUUAACCGUGCUGGGGUUGAAUCCUCAUCUGAGUUACGUAGGCCAGAUAACGUAUAUUACCCCGAGGCGAUAUGCCCCUCAGCUCCUCAACCCUAUCAGGCCGAUGCUCCUUCUCCAGUUAUUAACUUUAACGAGGAGGUUUUGCCUCUCCUCCUCGCGGCCAACCAGGACCGACUAAAGAGGGACUAG